AUGAAAUAUAGCAACUUGAAGUCUACAUGGUUUUUAGCGUUUACCAUUCUUUUAUCAAGUUGUAUAUCGGGGUGUAGUUUAACAGGAGGGCAACCGACUGUUUUUGCUGUGCCAGAACAAGUUUCUUAUGAAGAUGAAGUUAAGUUAGCUCAAUUGAGUCAACAGUUAUAUAGCCAAGAUAUUGAUAAUGAUACUAAGGUACAGCUUUAUUUUCAACGAGGAACACUCUACGAUUCAUUAGGUUUUAAAGCUUUUGCUAAAAGUGAUUUGACACAAAUUCUGAAUUAUAAUAAUACCAUUCCGGAUAUUUAUAAUUAUUUGGGUAUUUAUGCGAUGCAAGAAGGUGAUUAUGAUUCAGCUUUCUUGUCACUUAAUACAGCACUAGAAUUAGAUCCUGACUUUCAGUUCGGUUAUAUUAACCGAGCUAUUUCAUUGUAUCGUAAUGAACGAUAUGAUGCGGCGCUAGCUGAUGCAUUGAAGUUUUAUUCUUACGACAAAAAUGAACCUAUUCGAUUACUGUGGGUCUAUUUAGUUGAAGAGAAGCAAGACAAAGCAAGAGCAAAAGCAGAGUUGCAAAAACGUUAUGAUUUGAUGGAAGAUCAUUCUGUUUGGGGUAAUGAUAUUGUCGAGUUUUAUUUAGGCAAGAUCAGCGAAAAACAGUUAAUGAUUAAUUUACAAAAAGGCGUGAAAACCAAUAGUGAGUUAGCUCAACGCCUUUGCGAAACUAACUUUUACUUAGUUAUAGCGAAGUUUCAUGAACAAGCAGAAUUAUCCUUUACCGAUCUUGGAUUAUCAGAAACACAUUCUAAUGCCUUAAAUGAUUUAGGCUUUUCAAAACCAUCCCCGAUUCAAACAGAGUGUAUUCCUCUUUUAAUGGACGGUAAUGACGUGCUUGGAAUGGCACAAACCGGAAGCGGAAAAACAGCCGCAUUUUCUAUUCCAUUUUUAAUGAAAUUGAAUGUUGAGUUAAAAGCACCACAAGUAUUAGUAUUAGCACCAACCCGAGAAUUAGCCAUUCAAGUUGCAGAAGCCUGUGCUGAAUAUGCCAAAUAUAUGAAAGGGGUUAAAGUAUUAGCGCUUUAUGGUGGUCAACGUUACGACGUGCAGUUACGUGCAUUAAAACAAGGACCACAAAUUGUAGUUGGUACGCCUGGUCGUUUACUCGAUCACUUAAAUCGUAAAACAUUAGAUCUGUCUAACCUAAAAGGUUUAGUGUUAGAUGAAGCGGACGAAAUGUUACGUAUGGGCUUUAUUGAUGACGUUGAAAGCAUUAUGGCUGCGAUCCCUGAUGAUCACCAAACGGCACUAUUUUCAGCGACUAUGCCUGCACCAAUUCGUCGCAUUACGAAACGUUUUAUGCAAAACCCUAAAGAAGUGCAAAUCAAAUCAACAGGUCAAACUGCGCCAGAUAUCGAUCAAAGUUAUUGGUUAGUGCGUGGUGUGCGUAAAAAUGAAGCGCUUAUUCGUUUCUUAGAAGUUGAAGAUUUUGAUGCCGCGAUUAUUUUUGUGCGAACUAAAACAGCAACAUUAGAAGUUGCCGAUGUAUUAGAACAACAUGGCUAUAAUUGUGCUGCAUUAAAUGGCGAUAUGACACAACAGUUACGUGAGCAAACGCUUGAUCGUUUACGUAAAGGUCGUUUAGAUAUUUUGAUUGCGACUGAUGUUGCUGCUCGUGGUCUAGACGUUGAACGAAUUAGCUUAGUUGUUAACUACGAUAUUACAUUAGAUUCUGAAUCUUAUGUGCAUCGUAUUGGUCGUACUGGUCGUGCAGGCCGUGCCGGUCGCGCAGUAUUGUUUGUUGAUAGCCGUGAACGUCGUUUGCUGAAAAAUAUCGAACAAACUAUUAAAAAACCAAUUCCAGAAGUGCAAUUGCCAGUAAAAGAGAUUUUAGAAGCGCGUCGUUUAACUAAAUUCUCUGAAAAAGUAAUGCAGGAAGUUAAUGCCGAUAAUCUUGAUGAGUAUCGUGAAUUGCUAGCUAAAGUAUUACUAGCUGGUGAUACUGAUAUCGAAACCUUAGCUGCCGCUUUAUUAAAAUUAGCUCAAGGUGAACGCCCGUUAAUUUUACCACCAGAUCCAGUGUUAAAACCUAUGCGUAAUGAUCGUGAACGUAAUGAACGUGGCGAUCGUCGUUUAAAAGGUGAUAACCGUGAGGCGCCAAAACGCCGUGAACGUCGUGAUGUUGGUGAUAUGGAUAUGUAUCGUAUCGAAAUUGGUAAAGAAGAUGGUGUUGAUGUACGUCAUAUCGUUGGUGCGAUUGCUAAUGAAGGUGAUAUUAGCAGCCGUUAUAUUGGUAAUAUUAAACUGUACGAAAAAUAUUCAACAGUUGAAUUACCAAAAGGCAUGCCGACCGAUUUACUAAAUCACUUUGAAAAAGUGCGCGUAUUAAAUAUUCCAAUGAAUAUGCGUUUAGUCGAUAACAGCAACAGCAAACCUGCAGCAAGACGUAGCCGUAAGCCUAGUGAUGAUCGUGCUGGCGAUCAAGCUCCAAGACGUGCUCCUCGUCGUUCUAGUGAAGCAAAAGAUGGCGCUAAAUCAUCUUCAGCACCAAGAAAAAGAAAAUCAGCACCAUUUUAA